AUGGAAGACGGUCACCAGAUCAGGCGGAACCUCACUGGUGACCGCACCGAGGUAUCUAAGCCUCGAGGCCAUUACUCUUUCAACCAUGUCGCUGACCUUCUCAAGAAUGCAAGAUACAUUAACUCACUCCUCGCGCAAGUCCGCGACAUCCAACUGACGGAGAAGUCUCUGUUCGACCUAGUAAACUUUCGGGUUCAGGAGAGGGGCCAGAACGACCGCACGCGCUUCGAGAAAUUCUUUGGCUUCCAGGGUCCGGACGACGAGACGACACGCCUUCUUGAAGGGCACGCGCAUGAAUGGUGGUGUCAGCCGCUCGGCUUCUGGGAGUUUUCUUCGACCGGUACGGUGGACCAACACCUCCGUCCUGAAGCCCAGGUCUUGGGGAUGGAACGUGCAGGGCCCACACCGGUCGAAGAAACAGCCCAGGCGCUCCACCAUUGUGCAGGUCUCGAAAGGACUUAUGAACAUGCGAUGAGCACUCUUGUCACCAUGAUCGAACGUGGUAAAUUCUACAAAACUCUAGAGACGGACCUAGGUGGCGGUGCUUGUCUAGUCUUGGGUACAUCUCUGCCAGAGACACAGUACGUCGACAGUCUGAUAAGCUGCUGUACAUCCACUGACCCAGAAAGCUGGACAAAACUGAUGACUAAGACGACCGGCAAGCGCCCGCGAGUGAUCGAGCACCUGACCACCACCACCCAAGUCCCCGAACUCGCCAUACGCUAUCGAGCUCUGCAGGAAUGCAUCAUCGAUGCCAAGGUCGACUCUCUCCUAUUCGAUCAGUCUAUGAUCGACGGAGAAGGUCGGGGGAUUCACGAGAUUGGAACGGGACUAAGUGCACUGGAUGAGAUGACUAAUGACUUCACGGAUGCUGCGUUUGAUGAAAUGUGGGGAAUGCACGCUCUUUAA